AUGUCCGAUUGAAAAGAUUUGGAAAAAAUCGUCCAAAAUCGCGUGGCCCAAAAACCAAGAAUUGAAAGAGUUGGGAAAACUCACAGAUUGUUGUCCCGUGUCAAUGAAUUAAAAGAUGAAAGGUUCAGUUCAAUGGUUGGAGUUGGGGUACUGGAAAUUUUUAAUUAAUAUCAAAAAAAUUGGCCAAAAGUACGAGGAAUAACGGAAACUUUUAAUUUAAUAAUUUAUUUUUUCGAAAUAAAAUAUAUUCAUCAAGAAAAGAUUACACGAAAAUCGUUGGAAGUUUUGAGACAACGUACCAAAACAGACCGAUUAUCAUAA